AUGAGGCCUGCAGUCCGUGUGGGUCUGGGUCUUUUCCUAGCUGCGCACUGGGGACCGGGCCUGGUGAAGGAGCUCUGUGUCUGGGGACCAGGCCUGGUGAAGGAGCUCUGUGUCUGGGACACAGGGCCUGGUGAUGGAGCAGCAUGUCAGGGACAUUCAGGGCACAGGAGCCGCUGAAAUGGGAAUGAGACUUGAGAGAACAGAGAGGCACUAAACAAGUGUUUAAUUGUGUCUUUAUUUUGAUCACAGGAGGUUGGUGGGCAUCUUAAUUGGGGAGGACGGGCUCCUGGUAAUGGCUGGAGCGGAAUUGCUGGAAUGGUAUCAAAUACAUCAAACAUGGUUUCCAUGUGUUUGAUGCCAUUCCAUUUGCUCCGUUCCAGCCAUUAUUAUGAGCCGUCCUCCCCUCAGCAGUCUCCACUGAUUUUGAUAAGGUGAACAUAUUCAGACUCAGAGCCAUUAUAUUAGUGCACAAAGCAUGCUCUGAGCAUAUUUGGAUCACAGAAUGUUGCCCUACACUUCAGCCUCAUGCACAGUUGAUGUUUGUAUAUAAGUGUAGUCCUGCUGGUGCCGUUUUUCUGAGAUCCUUGGCACAGCUCCUUUCAACCGCAGUGGAAUUGUCUUUCCUCUUACAGCUUUUAAAAGGGGCCAGUUGGAACGUUCUCUGAACUGGGUUGAUAUGAAAUUUUUAUUCAGACAACCAGACAAAGCUAGAGUGCCUCUUCUCCAACACACCAUCAUGUGCUUUUCAGGCUACACUGCUUUGAUUGGAGCAAGGAGGCCUGGGGGUGGGGAGAAUAGUAGUGUCCUCUAUCGUCAAACCACACUGCUGCUUAGACUGGUUCUAACAGGAAGAGAAAGACUCUAUGUGUCUGCUUGUUCAGUAAACAUAUUAUGACACAUACAGUACCAGUCAAAAGUUAGGACACACCUACUAAUUCCAGGAUUUUUCUUAAUUUUUACUAUUUUCUACAUUGUAGAAUAAUAGUGAAGACAUCAAAACUAUGAAAUAACACAUAUGGAAUCAUGUAGUAACCAAAAAGUUGUUAAACAAAUCAAAAUAUAUUUGAGAUUUGAGAUUCUUCAAAGUAGCCACCCUUUGCAUUGAUGACAGCUUUGCACACUCUUGGUAUUCUCUCAACCAGCUUCAUGAGGUAGUCACCUGGAAUGCAUUUCAAUUAACAGGUGUGCCUUCUUAAAAGUUAAUUUGUGGAAUUAAUUUUCUUCUUAAUGCGUUUGAGCCAAUCAGUUGUGUUGUGACAAGGUAGGGGUGGUAUACAGAAGAUAGCCAUAUUUGGUAAAAUACCCAAGUCCAUAUUAUGGCAAGAACAGCUCAAACAAGCAAAGAGAAACGACAGUUCCAACCGCUGUGUCUUUGUGAGACGCAGGGUAGGUGAACGGAGGAUCUCUGCAUGUGUGUUUCCCACCGUGAAGAAUGGAGGAGGAGGUGUGAUGGUGUGGGGGUGCUUUGCUGGUGACACUAUUGGUGAUUUAUUUAGAAUUCAAGGCACACUUAACCAGCAUGGCUUCCACAGCAUUCUGCAGCGAUACGCCAUCCCAUCUGGUUUGCGCUUAGUGGGACUAUCAUUUGUUUUUCAACAGGACAAUGACCCAAAACACACCUCCAGGCUGUGUAAGGGCUAUUUGACCAAGGAGAGUGAUGGAGUGCUCCAUCAGAUGACCUGGCCUCCACAAUCACCCGACCUCAACCCAAUUGAGAUGGUUUGGGAUGAGUUGGACUGCAGAGUGAAGGAAAAGCAGCCAACAAGUGCUCAGCAUAUGUGGGAACUCCUUCAAGAAGCUCAUGAAGCUGGUUUAGAGAAUGCCAAGAGUGUGCAAAGCUGUCAUCAAGGCAAAGGAUGGCUACUUUGAAGAAUCUAAAAUCUAAAAUAUAUUUUGAUAGUUUUGAUGUCUUCACUAUUAUUCUAUAAUGUAGAAAAUAGUUUAAAAAAUAAAGAAAAACCUUUGAACGAGUAGGUGUGUCCAAACCUUUGACUGGUACUGUACAUGUUAUGAUGCCAUAGCACUUUGGGUAUAUAUCCACUCUUUGCAUUAUAUCAGUCACCCCAGAAUGUAUCAUUGUUUUGCAAUAUGAAUUUAAAGGCAAUGACAGUGUAACUGAUUGAUUUGUUGUUCCAUUCUGCACAGGUGACUACCGGGAUUACAAAUUCUGAUUGGUCCUGAUGAUCACAAGGGCCCUCUUCCACCUCUUUUCAGCCAAUCCCGAUGGGGCUCCGGAGCUGAUGUCGCAGAUGGCCCGAGGAUUUUCGUGUUCGGGAAUCCAGAAGAGACAAGCAAUACCACGGUGAGUGACAGACAAACAGACAGUAUCUGAUAUUGGCACAUUCACUAAACACUUGGGUCUGGUCUCAAUGCUUUGAACUGGCUUCCUUAUCUCAUUCCUUACCUUCUACAAUAUUUACAGUAUUAAUAUAUUAACAUUAUUAUAACAAUCUAUACAGAUGUAGGAUCUUAAUUUGAUCACUCUUUUGUUGCUGAGAUUUCUCCUGCACAGCAGUAAAUGCGACUUGUAGUGUAUCCAAGGUUUUAAAAGGCUUCUAAAGUGUAAUUUCCACUUUAGAAUGUCAGACUUGAUUUGACCAAACAAAAAAUGUAUCAACCCCUACAAAGAAUGUCCAUUAAUUAUAAUCCACAUAAUAAUUCAAAUUUCCUGUUGCUGCAGGAUUAUUUUCCUGCUGUAGCAAACUGGCUCAAAUUAAGAUCCUACAUCUAUAUACUCCUAUAUGCCGAUCCCUGAUGGAAUAUUUGAGAGAGUUUAAGGAGUAAGUAAUGAGUUACAAAAGUUAAUUGUGUAUUACCUUGCCAAAAAUCUGACAAUGCAUUAUGUAUAGCCAAAAUGCAUAGGUAAAAAGGCAGUCUUCUAAGAGAGUUGGGGCAGCAGUGAACACACUCCCCAGUGAUCCAGGUGAUCAUGUAUUUAUGGAUGUUGUCUGCAGCAGCAAGAGAAAGUGUCACCCAAGAGGACUUCCUGACUCGGCAAGGGCACAGGGAGCAGAGAAAGAAUGUGUGUGUGUGUUUGUGUGUGUGUGUGAGUGAGAGAGAUUAAGAGAUAGAGAGAGAGGAGAGGGGGAUAGAGACAGGUUUCACCUGAGUCAGCACUGCAGCAUGGAUACACACACAUUACAGAUACAUCUGCAUGUGCACACACACACACUCAUACGUAGGUACUUGUCUAUCUGCACACAGACUCACAUACUCACACCACACACACACACACCUGAUCAGCUCUCAGUGUCCAUCUCAGAUUGAUCGAAUAGGUUUGGAUAAUGUGUGUCUCAGAAGAAGCUGGUCUUUCAGUGCCAGCUGUCAGACGAGUUACCCCUCAUCCACAUCAAUCCGGGUCAACGGGAUGCCAAAGUAACACCCUCUCCAGGCCCGCUCAGAAAGAGGACAUAAUCCUCUUACAGACCCACAGCAUUGGCUUCAAUGAGGGCAACGCUAGAGGGCUAGCCUUAGCCGUAGCGCCUUAGAAGAUUCACUUCAAUGGGGAUAAAGUUAGCAGACUGGGCUAGCCUUACCUUAGCACCUAUGACAAAUUCAUUCCAAUGUGUAGGAUGUUAGCGGUCUAGCCAUUAGCCCUUUCAGUGUACUGAAUGACUAAACGAGUCUGCUCACUCUACAGUUUCUGUAGCAAAUAUCUUUGUUUAAUUGAUACUCCAUCCCUCUAUUGAUUAAAGAGAGAAAUGCAAACAGUCUGCAGUGCGUCAUUCAAAACCUGAAUCAGUGAACAAUAAGUCUGAUAUCGCCAGCUAAUCACUCUGAUUGAUAGAACAUUAGCCUGCAGUUGGCAGUUACAUUUUUCCUCUUUAGCCAGCUCCUUUGUCAAAUCAAAUCAAAUCAAAUCAAAUUUUAUUGGCCACAUGCGCCGAAUACAACAGGUGCAGACAUUACAGUGAAAUGCUUACUUACAGCCCUUAACCAACAGUGCAUUUAUUUUUUAUAAAAAAGUAAAAUAAAACAACAACAAAAAAGUGUUGAGAAAAAAAGAGCAGAAGUAAAAUAAAAUAACAGUAGGGAGGCUAUAUAUACAGGGGGGUACCGGUGCAGAGUCAAUGUGCGGGGGCACCGACUAGUUGAGGUAGUUGAAGUAGUAUGUACAUGUGGGUAGAGUUAAAGUGACUAUGCAUAAAUAAUUAACAGAGUAGCAGCAGCGUAAAAAAAUGGGGUGGGGGGCAGUGCAAAUAGUCCGGGUAGCCAUGAUUAGCUGUUCAGGAGUCUUAUGGCUUGGGGGUAGAAGCUGUUGAGAAGCCUUUUGGAUGGCAUGGCAUGACAAUAGAAAGAGGUUGGCUGAAGCACAGGCAGACAGCCAGGCUAUAGCACUCAGAUGCUGUGGUUACUGAAGCAGAGCAAGCAGGCUGGAGAGUCCUGAAACAGACAGUCAGACCGUGAUAACAUCAUCUUCUCUCUGAGCUCGAGGAAAGUUGACAGUGUUUUGGUGGAGCUGAUCAGCCUCAGCUGAUUGAGGUGAUAGUAGAGGAGAGGCUUUAUGUAUCGAUCACUGGGCUUCAGCACCUCAUCUAUCAUCGUUAACCACUAUUGAUCUCUCUCUCUCUCACUCUCUCUCUCAAUUCAAUUCAAUUUCAAUUCUCUCUCUCUUGCUGUGCAGCAUGCUAGCAGCAGGGUUGCAGGGGAAGUUCAUUCACUUCACAGUAUGAUACCAUCCAUUAAUUACAGUGGUGAUGGUCAACCUAGAUCUUUUCUUUAUUGAGUGCUAACAUUAGAGACAGUCAAUAAAGCAUGGAUGUUAACAAAUUAUCAAUGGACUGAUUUGAAUUAACAAAGGUUGCAAUUUAAAUUCAGUUUACCCAGACCCUGUCUGUCUAUGUCCAAUUUGAGCAUCAUACUGAACCCAUACUGAACCCAGACUGUCAGAAACCUCAGAAACAUCAGAUAAAGCAUGUCAGUGAAUUAUCAGAGGAUGAAUAUGGCCAAGACGAGGAGGGCUAUUGAUUGGCUGUUGGGGAGGAAACAGUGUUGAGCGGUGGUGUUGGCCAUUAGUUGUUGUCAGACUGAGCGAAUGCUGAGCACACUUCUCUGGGAUUUGAUUAAAACAUAACGAACCCCCUCCACUCUCCCUCCUCCUUUUUCUUUACCUCCCUUCAUCCCUCGUUCCCAGCCCCCCACGUACCUGCAUAAAGGGCAGGCUGAACAGAAAGUGCACUGCUGCAAAGUUGUCAGUAGUGAUAAACACAGAGACAAGUAGUGUAUGUGUGUGUGUGUGUGUGUGUGCGUGUGUGUGUGUGUGUGUGUGUGUCUGUGUGUGUGAUGUGUAUGUGUGUGUGUGUUCCUUCUUAAAUGUCCUAUAAGCGUGGUUGUCCUAUGUGUCACAUCUUGUUGAGUGUGACGUGUUUCGCCUUGUGAAUGUAGAGUUGAAUACCCUUCUGAGUCCCUCCUCCCGCUCUUUUGUUUACAUGGGCAAACAACGCACUCUGCAUAUAAACAUGAUGAACACAAGAUGCAGAUCUGCUACUAACAUAAUUGUAGUUCAACACAACACUAAGCUCUGUCUUCCAUCGUUCUCUGUUUCAAAACAACCUUUUUGUCUGUUUUUUCUUUCUGGCUCUGUGGCGGCAGGUAGCCUAGCAGUUAAGAGGGUUGGGCCAAUAACCGAAAAGUCGCUGGUUCCAAUCCCAGAGCCGGCAAGGUGGCGAAAUCUGCCAUUCUGCCCUUGAGCAAGGCAGUUAACAACAACUGGGCGCCAAUGAUGUAAAUUAAGGCAGCCCACUGCAUCUCUCUGAUUCAGAGGGGUUGGGUUAAAUGCGGAAUAAAUAUAUUUCAGUUGAAUGCAUUCAGUUGUGCGCAACUGACUACGUUUUCCAUGUCAUCCUCUCUCUCUGUGUAGUUAAAUGGAGGAGAAGGAGAGGAGUAGGAGCCGGUCUCUGUCUCGUAGCCGUAGGGCCACCCGGGUGCAGCAGGUGGUGGGAACCUUGAUCAGACGCACCCGCGAAUCACUCAGCAGGUACAGUAUCAACACAUGAGAGACAUACAGACAGAGAAACACACACAUUGAGAGAGAAACAUACAUUCAGAGAUUCGAUGUCAAGAGGUUUGCACUCCCACAAUAGAAUGAAGUAUGUGGAUGGGCCACCUGUUAGUCAUGCUAGGAAACAGCUGACACAGAGGGAAGGGAUGACUUUAGCCCUCUGUAGUGAGUCUAAUUCAAUGUUUUACAGAAAUACAUUACCCACAUACAGUGAGGGAAAAAAGUAUUUGAUCCCCUGCUGAUUUUGUACGUUUGCCCACUGACAAAGAAAUUAUCAGUCUAUAAUUUUAAUGGUAGGUUUAUUUGAACAGUGAGAGACAGAAUAACAACAAAAAAAUCCAGAAAAACACAUGUCAAAAAUGUUAUAAAUUGAUUUGCAUUUUAAUGAGGGAAAUAAGUAUUUGACCCCCUCUCAAUCAGAAAGAUUUCUGGCUCCCAGGUGUCUUUUAUACAGGUAACGAGCUGAGAUUAGGAGCAUACUCUUAAAGGGAGUGCUCAUAAUCUCAACUUGUUACCUGUAUAAAAGACACCUGUCCACAGAAGCAAUCAAUCAAUCAGAUUCCAAACUCUCCAUCAUAGCCAAGACCAAAGAGCUCUCCAAGGAUGUCAGGGACAAGAUUGUAGACCUACACAAGGCUGGAAUGGGCUACAAGACCAUCGCCAAGCAGCUUGGUGAGAAGGUGACAACAGUUGGUGCGAUUAUUCGCAAAUGGAAGAAACACAAAAUAACUGUCAAUCUCCCUCGGCCUGGGGCUCCAUGCAAGAUCUCACCUUGUGGAGUUGCAAUGAUCAUGAGAACGGUGAGGAAUCAGCCCAGAACUACACGGGAGGAUCUUGUCAAUGAUCUCAAGGCAGCUGGGACCAUAGUCACCAAGAAAACAAUUGGUAACACACUACGCCGUGAAGGACUGAAAUCCUGCAGCGCCCGCAAGGUCCCCCUGCUCAAGAAAGCACAUAUACAUGCCCGUCUGAAGUUUGCCAAUGAACAUCUGAAUGAUUCAGAGGAGAACUGGGUGAAAGUGUUGUGGUCAGAUGAGACCAAAAUCGAGCUCUUUGGCAUCAACUCAACUUGCCGUGUUUGGAGGAGGAGGAAUGCUGCCUAUGACCCCAAGAACACCAUCCCCACCGUCAAACAUGGAGGUGGAAACAUUAUGCUUCGGGGGUGUUUUUCUGCUAAGGGGACAGGACAACUUCACUGCAUCAAAGGGACGAUGGACGGGGCCAUGUACUGUCAAAUCUUGGGUGAGAACCUCCUUCCCUCAGCCAGGGCAUUGAAAAUGGGUCGUGGAUGGGUAUUCCAGCAUGACAAUGACCCAAAACACACAGCCAAGGCAACAAAGGAGUGGCUCAAGAAGAAGCACAUUAAGGUCCUGGAGUGGCCUAGCCAGUCUCCAGACCUUAAUCCCAUAGAAAAUCUGUGGAGGGAACUGAAGGUUCGAGUUGCCAAACGUCAGCCUCGAAACCUUAAUGACUUGGAGAAGAUCUGCAAAGAGGAGUGGGACACAAUCCCUCCUGAGAUGUGUGCAAACCUGGUGGCCAACUACAAGAACCGUCUGACCUCUGUGAUUGCCAACAAGGGUUUUGCCACCAAGUACUAAGUCAUGUUUUGCAGAGGGGUCAAAUACUUAUUUCCCUCAUUAAAUUGCAAAUCAAUUUAUAACAUUUUUGACAUGCGUUCUUCUGGAUUUUUUGUUUGUUAUUCUGUCUCUCACUGUUCAAAUAAACCUACCAUUACAAUUAUAGACUGAUCUUGUCUUUGUCAGUGGGAAAACGUACAAAAUCAGCAGGGGAUCAAAUACUUUUUUCCCUCACUGUAGUCUCACACCAGCUGCUCUGCCACUCCCAAUAACCCCUCACCUCUAACCCCUAUUUAACCCUUGUUUGACCUUGCAGAGAGCGGAUCCUUGGGGAUGGGAGGUCCAGCCGGUCAGGCAGUGUGUCCAGUCAGAACUUCCCGGUGAGGCUAACGGUUCAGAUCGUCAGAGACCCGGUGUUGGACUCCAGCGGUCUUGGGUUCACCCUCUCCAAACAGCACCCUCUGCUGAUCAGGGACGUGGCUACAGGUACGCCGUGUGUGUGUGUCUGAGAGAGUGAGAGAGUGAGAGAGAACGCUCUCCCUGAAAUAUGGCCACCUGCUUCAUCGUGCCGCAGUAGACUCGCCCACAGCAAGACAGAUUUAGGCACGCACGAACACAUGCACACACACGUGUGCGCAUACGCACACACACACCAACCCUCUCCUGGCAUUUAGAAUGCCAGGCACCAUGCCAAAAAAGCCAGUGAAACAGAGCCACCUGCUCAUCCUUUUUAGAUUUGAUCACUCUUCAUUUAGUUGGACACACACACACACACACUCACACACACACACACACACACAGCCUUGCUGAGCUGUGUGUUUCUUUCCUUUCUGUAGAAACAGCUGAUCAAUACCCUGAUUAAUACCCUGAUCAAUACCCUGAGGAGUACCCUGCUGCCCUCGGCCCAAUAAUCACAACCUGCUGCCAGAGAGAGAGAGGGGGAGUGAGAGAGAGAGAGAGGGGGGUGGGACAGAGCGGGAGGGAGAGAGAGAGGGAGAGAGAGGGAGUGAGAGAGAGAGAGAGAGAGAGGGAGAGAGAGAGAGAGAGAGACACCGUUGCCCUAGAGCACACAAAAAACAAUACAUACCUCGGCCUAAACAUCAGCGCCACAGGUAACUUCCACAAAGCUGUGAACGAUCUGAGAGACAAGACAAGAAGGGCCUUCUAUGCCAUCAAAAGGAACAUAAAAUUUGACAUAUCAGUUAGGAUCUGGAUAAAAAUACUUGAAUCAGUUAUAGAACCCAUUGCCCUUUAUGGUUGUGAGGUCUGGGGUCCGCUCACCAACCAAGAAUUCACCAAAUGGGACAAACACCAAAUUGAGACUGCAUGCAGAAUUCUGCAAAACUAUCCUCUGUAUACAACAUAAAACACCAAAUAAUGCAUGCAGAGCAGAAUUAGGCUGAUACCCGCUAAUUAUCAAAAUCCAGAAAAGAGCCGUUAAUUUCUACAACCACCUAAAAGGAAGCGAUUCCCAAACCUUCCAUAACAAAGCCAUCACCUACAGAGAUAUGAACCUGGAGAAGAGCUGGUCCUGGGGCACUGUUCACAAACACAAACAGACCCCACAGAGCCCCAGGACAGCAACACAAUUAGACCCAACCAAAUCAUGAGAAAACAAAAAUAUAAUUACUUGACACAUUGGAAAAAAAGAAAGAAAAAAAACAGAGCAAACUAGAAUGCUAUUUGGCCCUAAACAGAGAGUACACAGUGGCAGAAUACCUGACCACUGUGACUGACCCAAAAUUAAGAAAACCUAUGUACAGACUCAGUGAGCAUAGCCUUGCUAUUGAGAAAGGUCACCGAAGGCAGACCUGGCUCUCAAGAGAAGACAGGCUAUGUGCGCACUGCCCACAAAAUGAGGUGGAAACUGAGCUGCACUUCAUAACCUCCUGCCAAAUGUAUGACCAUAUUAGAGACACAUACAGUGCUAUGAAAAAGUAUUCGCCCCCUUUCUAAUUUUCUCUACUUUUGCAUAUUUGUGAUACUGAAUGUUAUCAGAUCUUCAACCAAAACCUAAUAUUAGAUAAAGGGAACAUAAGUGAACAAAUAACACAACAAUUACAUAUUUAUUUCAUAAACAAAGUUAUGCAACACCCAGUUCCCCUCUGUGAAAAAUAAGACACCAUACAUUCAAUAACUGGUUGUGCCACCUUUAGCUGCAAUGACUCCAACCAAAUGCUUCCUGUAGUUGUUGAUCAGUCUCUCACGUUGCUGUGGAGGAAUUUUGGCCCACACUUCCAUGCAGAACUGCUUUAACUCAGUGACGUGUGGGUUUUCAAGCAUGAACUGCUCGUUUCAAGUCCUGCCACAACAUCUCAAUUGGGAUUAGGUCUGGACUUUGACUAGGCCAUUCCAAAACUUCCAAUUUGUUGCUUUUUAGCAAUUUUCAUGUAGACUUGAUUGUGUGUUUUGGAUCAUUGUCUUGCUGCAUGACCCAGCUGCGGUUCAGCUUCAGCUCACAGACGGAUGGUCUGACAUUCUCCUGUAGAAUUCUCUGAUACAGAGCAGAAUUCAUGGUUCCUUCUAUUAAGGCAAGUCGUCCAGGUCCUGAGGCAGCAAAGCAUCCCCAAACCAUCACACCACUACCACCAUGCUUGACCUUUGGUAUGAUGUUCUUACUGUGGAAUGUAGAGUUUGGUUUUCGCCAGGCAUUACUGGAACCAUGUCGUCCAAAAAGUUAUACUUUUGAAUCAUCUGUCCAUAGAACGUUCUUCCAAGAGUCUUGAUGAUCAUCCAGGUGCUUUUUGGCAAACUUGAGUCAACUUUUUGGACGAGAUGGGUCCCAUUAUGCCUGCCGAAAACCAAACACAGAAACUGCUGUGCCUCAGUCCUGCUCUCUGGCCUGAAGACAAAUUAGUAUAAAUAACCAGAGAAAGCAGAGAGGCUGAUAGAGAGGCUGGUAGAGCGGCUCACAGUGGCAGAGACGCUGGCAGAGAGUCUGGUAGAGCGGCUCACAGAGAGGCUGGCAGAGAGGCUGGCACAGAGGCUGGCAGAGAGGCUGGCAGAGAGGAUGGUAGAGAGGCUGUCAGAGAGACUGGCAGAGAGGCUGGCAGAGAGGCUGGCAGAGAGACUGGUAGAGAGACUGGCAGAGAGGUGAUAGAGAGGCUGGCAGAGAGGCUGGCAGAGAGGAUGGUAGAGAGGCUGUCAGAGAGACUGGCAGAGAGGCUGGCAGAGAGGCUGGCAGAGAGGAUGGUAGAGAGGCUGGCGAGGACCCAGAAUAAUGUUAACCCUCAUAUGCCUCCCCAGAGGAGCUAAUGUAAGCACAUGUGACUGUGUUGAACUAUAUAACUAAUUUUCUCCUCUGUGUGUGUUUGUGUGUGUGUGUGUGUAGGAGGCCCAGCGGAUGGGAUACUGUACCCUGGAGACCAGGUGUUACAGAUGAAUGACCUGGUGGUAGACUAUCUUAGCUAUGAACAGCUGCAAGACAUCACCAGGUAACUAACAUUAUAUUUUCUCUCUUUAUUCCCUCUGUCCCUUACUCUGUUUUCUCCCUCUAUUUCUCAGUCUCUAUAUUCUCACUAGAUUAGAGAGAAGAGACAGGUUACUGGGACUAGGACUCCCUUCCAGUUCUGAAAGCAUACUUUCAUAAUGUCUGUGUGAUUGUGUGUGUGUGUGUGUGUGUGUGUGUGAGAGAGUUUGAGGGUGUGUCAGUUCAAAUGCUAAGUCAGUCAGGUCAAAUGUCAGUGUAGUGAAAAUGUUUACAUGACCGCUGGACAGAAACAUCUUGUCUCUGUGUUUCUUUAGGGACUUGGAAGACUUUGUCACAAUGACAAUUCUAAGGAAUAUGACAGUAAGUGUGUGUGUGAGUGUGCAUGCGUGCGUGCAUGCAAGUGUGUCCAUAUGUGUAUAUGUGUACAUCUGUGUGUACUGUAUGUGAUGACAUAAUGUUGUUUCUCUGUGUGUCAGGGUCCUAAGUCAUCCAUCAUGUCGGCAGAGAAGAGGGCUCGUCUGAGGAGUAACCCGAUCAAAGUACGCUUUACAGAGGAAGUGGUCGUCAAUGGUCACACGCAGGUCAGGAACCAGCCAUCUAUUCUCUCUCUCUCUAUAGCUAUAUCUAUAUCUCGUCUCUAUCUCUCUCUCUCUAUCUCUCGAUAGCUCUCACUAUAUUAGCUCUCUAGCAGUCUGUCUAUCUCAAGACUCUCUCUCUCUCUCUCUCUCUCUCUCAUCCUCUCUUUUUCUUCCUGCAGGGAAACUCUCUUCUGUUCCUGCCCAACGUUCUGAAGGUCUAUCUUGAGAAUGGACAGACCAAGGCCUUCAAGUUUGACGCUACCACCACCAUCAAAGUACGGAUAUAAUAUGUAUUACAUUUUACCUACAAAUAUUAUGAUUUGAUGCCAAAGAAUCACUUGUGCUUAUGUAAACCUGUGUCGUCUGCAUGACUCACUACCCUACUAGCGCUAACACAAGUAUCUAUUUAUCAGGCAUCAUUACGACAGCAUUACUAUGCAAAAUACCUUACCUGGUGUUUGUUGUCUAAGAUAUGCUAUUGUUUGGUUGUUGCAGGACAUCAUUCUGACUCUGAAGGACAAGUUGUCUAUCUGCUGUAUUGAGUACUUUUCUCUGGUGCUGGAACAGCAGUACAGCAUCACCAAGCUUCUGCUGCUGCACGAGGACGAGUUCAUACACAAGGUGAGGAGGACACACACACUCAGCCUCAACCUGUAUAACCAGUGCAGUCAGUCAGUCAGUCAGUACACCUCUAUGUAACCCUGUGUCUCCAGGUGGUGCAGAAGAAGGAGAAUAGCAGCCAUGACUACAGGUGUCUUUUCAGGGUGUGCUUCAUUCCCAGAGACCCCCUGGAGCUGCUACAGGAAGACCCCACCGCCUUCGAGUACCUCUUCCUCCAGGUGAGUAGCUAGCCACAUCUACCUGUAGGCCUGGACUACCAUGUUCAGUGCCUGUAACUCGUCUACCUGUACUUUCACCUGUACCUAUAGCCAUGAGAACCUGUCUAACUUGCAUUCAGGCAAGCAGUGUUUGCUUUAAAAGACUUGUAUGUAUAGCUGUGGGAAGUAGGGAUGCUGAGGGUGCUGCAGCACCCCCUGAGAAAUCACAAUAAAAAACAUGUAUUGAUAAAAACGUGGACCAAAAAAAUAUGAAAUAAAAAUAAAGUUGUGCACUGGGCCUUUAGUAGUCCUGUAUUAGUGGACUGAUAUAGACGCCUGCAGCACCGGGCCUUUAGUAGUCCUGUAUUAGUGGACUGAUAUAGACGCCUGCAGCACUGGGCCUUUAGUAGUCCUUUAGUAGUCCUGUAUUAGUGGACUGAUAUAGACGCCUGCAGCACUGGGCCUUUAGUAGUCCUUUAGUAGUCCUGUAUUAGUGGACUGAUAUAGACGCCUGCAGCACUGGGCCUUUAGUAGUCCUGUAUUAGUGGACUGAUAUAGACGCCUGUAGCGUCGACAAAACAUUAUCCGCACCCCCACGCCUAAACAUCUUCCCGCAGCGAUGGUUGUAGUCACCUUCGACUGACAGAAUCAGGGUUUGCAGGGAGGGAUUAUUGCCAAACAUGUGUCAGUGUGAUUUAUGGUGAAGGAAAGAACACUUCUUCCUUGUGUGUGUCAUUCUUUGGUGUGUGUUUGUGUGUGUGUGUGUUUGUGUGUGUGUGUGUGUGUUUUGUCAGAGCGUCGGGGACGUUCUACAGGAGAGGUUUGCGGUGGAGAUGAAGUGUAACACUGCACUGCGUCUGGCUGCCCUGCACAUGCACGAGAGACUGGACAGCAUAGGCUCCACCCGGACCUCUGUCAAGAGCAUCAUGUGAGUCACACACACACACACACUCACACACACACACACACUCACACACACACACACACUCACACACACACACACACUCACACACACACACACACGCACACACACACACUGAUAUUGUCUCCUGUGUGUAUCGUGACAGGAAAGAGUUUGGUCUGGACAGCUUCAUCUCUCCAACUCUGCUCAGUAACAUGAGAGAGAAGGACCUGAGGAAAGCCAUCAGCUACCACCUCAAGAAGAUCCAGUCACUGCUGGAGCCACAACAGAAGGCAUGGAGGGAUGGAGAGGGGGAGAGAAAGAGAGAGGGAGAGGGAGGGAGAAGGAGGGAGAGGGGGAGAGGGAGAGAAAGGGAGAGGGAAGGAGAGAGAUGGAGAGAGGGAGGGAGGGAGAGAGAGAGAGGGAGAGGGAGGAAGAGGGAGGGAGAGAUGAUGCGUGUAAUACACAGUCUUAUUGUUGUUAUCAUUGUCCUCUCUCUCUCUCUCUCUCUCUCUCUCUCUCUCUCUCUCUCUCUCUCUCUCUCUCUCUCUCUCUCUCUCUCUCUCUCUCUCUCUCCCUCUCCCUCUCCCUCUCCCUCUCCUUCUCUCUCCCAGGUGAUCCCAGCCACUCAGGCCCGGCUGGCCUACCUCACCCAGCUUGCAGAGCUCAUCUCCUAUGGGGGCCGCUCCUACACAGCCACCAUGAUGGUUAGUGUGUUUGAAACAACUUACAAACGAUAACUAUAGCUGUCAAUCAUUCUCUGACUCUGCCCCAAUUUAGAGAGCUGUUAUUGGCUGGACAGGAUUGAUCCCUCCCAUUCUGGCCUCGUUUCACCCUGUCAUGAUUCAGUAUGCAUCUCAGACUGUAUCUCCUUCUUUCUCCAUUUCACCCCUCUUCCCUCUCUCUCUCCCUCUCUUCCUCUUUACCUCUCCCUCUCUCUCUUCCCUCGUCUCUCUCUCCCAUCCACGCUUUCUCUACACCCCUCUGUACCCCUCCCCCUCUGUCUUUCUCCGUCCUUCCCCACCCCAGUUGCAGGACCGGGAGGCGCUGGUCAGUCUGUUGGUGGGAGCGCGCUACGGCCUGAGUCAGGUGGUCAACCACAAGCUCAACAUGGUGUCCACCCUGGUGGACUUCAGCAGCAUCAGUAGAGUGGAGCUGCUCUCUGAGUCGGACAGAGUCAGCCUGCUACGCAUCUCACUGCACGACAUCAAGGUAGGAUACCAUACACACUGUAUAUGAUACACACACACACAGAUCACACACACACAGAUCACACACACAAUCUCUCUCAGACACACAAGUUUGCUCAUAGGUACACUUAGUUCACACACAAAUACACUGGAUGGAAAAUAUGUACAGUGAGGGAAAAAAAUAUUUGAUCCCCUGCUGAUUUUGUACGUUUGCCCACUGACAAAGAAAUGAUCAGUCUAUAAUUGUAAUGGUAGGUUUAUUUGAACAGUGAGAGACAGAAUAACAACAACAAAAAUCCAGAAAAACGCAUGUCAAAAAUGUUAUAAAUUGAUUUGCAUAUUAAUGAGGGAAAUAAGUAUUUGACCCCUCUACAAAACAUGACUUAGUACUUGGUGGCAAAACCCUUGUUGGCAAUCACAGAGGUCAGACGUUUCUUGUAGUUGGCCAACAGGUUUGCACACAUCUCAGGAGGGAUUUUGUCCCACUCCUCUUUGCAGAUCUUCUCCAAGUCGUUAAGAUUUCGAGGCUGACGUUUGGCAACACAAACCUUCAGCUCCCUCCACAGAUUUUCUAUGGGAUUAUGGUCUGGAGACUGGCUAGGCCACUCCAGGACCUUCAUGUGCUUCUUCUUGAGCCACUCCUUUGUUGCCUUGGCCAUGUGUUUUGGGUCAUUGUCAUGCUGGAAUACCCAUCCACAACCCAUUUUCAAUGCCCUGGCGGAGGGAAGGAGGUUCUCACCCAAGACUUGACGGUACAUAGCCCCGUCCAUCAUCCCUUUGAUGCGGUGAAGUUGUCCUGUCCCCUUAGCAGAAAAACACCCCCAAAGCAUAAUGUUUCCACCUCCAUGUUUGACGGUGGGGAUGGUGUUCUUGGGGUCAUAGGCAGCAUUCCUCCUCCUCCAAACACGGCGAGUUGAGUUGAUGAGAAAGAGCUCGAUUUUGGUCUCAUCUGACCACAACACUUUCACCCAGUUCUCCUCUGAAUCAUUCAGAUGUUCAUUGGCAAACUUCAGACGGGCAUGUAUAUGUGCUUUCUUGAGCAGGGGGACCUUGCAGGAGCUGCAGGAUUUCAGUCUCUUCACGGCGUAGUGUGUUACCAAUUGUUUUCUUGGUGACUAUGGUCCCAGCUGCCUUGAGAUCAUUGACAAGAUCCUCCCGUGUAGUUCUGGGCUGAUUCCUCACCAUUCUCAUGAUCAUUUGUCACGCCCUGGCUCUGGGGACUCUUAAAUGUUGAGCCAGGGUGUGUAGUGUCUAUGUUGUAUUUUCUAUGUUGUUUAUCUAGAUCGUGUAGAUCUAUGUUGGCCAGGGUGGUUCCCAAUCAGAGGCAGCUGUUUCUCGUUGUCUCUGAUUGGGGACCAUACUUAGGCAGCAUGUUUGGCACUAGUCAUUGUGGGAUCUUGUUCCGUUUGGUUUGUUUUGGUGUUAACCUAGGACUUCACGUAUCGUUUGGUUUGUUGUUUUUGUUAGUGUGUGUUAAGUACGUUAAUUAAAUAAAAUGUAUGCUUACCACGCUGCGCCUUGGUCCGAGUCAGGCAACGAUCGUGACAUCAUUGCAACUCCACGAGGUGAGAUCUUGCAUGGAGCCCCAGGCCGAGGGAGAUUGACAGUUAUUUUGUGUUUCUUCCAUUUGCGAAUAAUCGCACCAACUGUUGUCACCUUCUCACCGAGCUGCUUGGCGAUGGUCUUGUAGCCCAUUCCAGCCUUGUGUAGGUCUACAAUAUUGUCCCUGACAUCCUUGGAGAGCUCUUUGGUCUUGGCCAUGGUGGAGAGUUUGGAAUCUGAUUGAUUGAUUGCUUCUGUGGACAGGUGUCUUUUAUACAGGUAACAAGCUGAGAUUGGGAGCACUCCCUUUAAGAGUGUGCUCCUAAUCUCAGCUCGUUACCUGUAUAAAAGACAUCUGGGAGCCAGAAAUCUUUCUGAUUGAGAGGGGGUCAAAUACUUAUUUCCCUCAUUAAAAUGCAAAUCAAUUUAUAACAUUUUUGACAUGCGUUUUUCUGGAUUUUGUUGUUGUUAUUCUCUCUCACUGUUCAAAUAAACAUACCAUUAAAAUUAUAGACUGAUCAUUUCUUUGUCAGUGGGCAAACGUACAAAAUCAGCAGGGGAGCAAAUACUUUUUUUCCUCACUGUAUUCUCUCUCCCUUAACUCUCUCUCUCUCUCUCUCUCUCUCUCUUGCUCUCUCAUCCCCCUCUCUCUCCAGCCUUUUGCCUUACUGAUGGACUCUCUGGCAGCCAAAGACCUGGCGUGUCUACUGGGGGGCUACUGCAAGCUCCUGGUGGACCCCAGAGUGUGUGUGUUCCGUCUGGGACGCCCUAAGGUGCGGGUGCACAGGAUACCUGCUGAGGAAGGUGUGUGUGAAGGGAAGUUCGCCGUUAUAGAGGGAGUUUGCUAUGAAUCGCUGACAAGUGAGCAUAAAUGUUUAACUAUACUUUUUCCUUUUUUGGCAUUGAUCAUACAAUUUUUUGGGCCGUUGAUAAGUGGAUAUCAGCCAGUAUGGAUAGUUGAUACAGAUCAAAUGUCUUCAUUUGAGACGACUAUUAUUUACAUAGUAAACUGUGUUUUUUUUGUCAUUUCCAGGCUAUGUGUCCCGCUGCUGUAGUGACUCCGAUGACUCUUCAGAUGAGGACUACCCCGCCGAGCCUCCGCCAACGCACACCCGCAAACGCCACGCACCCGCCAGCAAAGACAGGGAGGGGUGGAGGAGAGAAAAGGAGGAGCAGAGAGGAGCGGAGGGAAAGAAAGAGAGAGCUGAAAAAGAAGAUGCAGAUAAACAGGAGGUGAAGAUCAUUGUGACGUCAGAGAAGGACAUGGAAGUUGAGGAGGAGGACGGAAGAGAGAUACAUCUAGGAAAUAAAGCCAAUAAAGGAACAGUGGAACAGGACAUGGUGCUGGACACUAACUGGUACCACACAGACCCGCGGGUCAACAGUAGCUUCUCCAGCCUGUCCAGUGGCUCUUUGAGUGCUGCCCUGGAGGAGUGCGGUGCCACAGCUGCAGCCAGGGGAGGGGACCCAGCCAAGGCCUCCUCUCACGUGGACGCCCUGCGUGAGGACAGCCCCUCUCUCCGGUCCCAACGGCCGACUCAGGGAAUCACCACCCUGGAUGUCCACCACCCGUUCCUCCUGGAGGUCACAUCUCCCUCUCCACAGCGCCAGAGAAAGGGCGCCGCCGGCAGCACGGCCUCCGCCUCCGUACGCCCCACCAACCUGAGUUACCGUAGCAACGAUAGCUUGUGCCUUUGCUUUGCCGAGCUUUCCCAGGGCAGCUACCUCCCCAGCCCCCCCGAGGCCACCAGCGACGAGGAGGAGACAGAGGAAGUUGAGGAUGACGAUGAUGAGGAGGAACUGAGACGGCUCUCUAAGAUACCCAGUCACAUAGACCUGCGCCUCAUCGACAAGAUCUGCGCCAGGUCUAACAAAACUGCUUCCAAAAACAAGUUAGACAUCCCCAGAAUCAUCCCCAGCGUCACCUCCUUCUGUGAAAAGAGGGCUGUUUGUAGCUCCGCCCACAAAGGGGAGGAGCGUCUAUCAAGUCACUCUGGAGAUUCUGAGCCUUUCCUAACGCCGUCCCCUAACCCUCCUCCUCCUAUUGCUAGGGAAAGUGCUUCGGAGUCAGACGAUGAGUUCUUCGAUGCCCAGGAGCGGUUCACUCCUCCAGUUCCUCCUGAUGGUGCAGGUGGGUUGUUGACAUGACUUCUUCACUGACAGACUAACUGUUUAAAUGUGUGUUGAAUGAUUUCUGUCACCCUUUUAACCCCCCCCCCCCCUCUCUCUCUCUCACACAGAAAACAGUUGGGAUGCGGCUGACAUUAAGAGGCACAGUAAACGCUGGAGUGGCACAGGGAACGGACUGCCAGUGGUACCAGAGAGGGAGCCUCCGUCACCCCUCAAAAAGAAACACUCCUCCCCUGACCACAAGAAACAGCAGGAGAUCCAACGAGACCCAAAGCCCCACUCAAACCAGGCCUCCACUCAGAGGGUUGAUGCCAAGACCAAGCCUCCACCAUUGGCCCCCAAGCCCCAGCUACCCCCAAAACCAGAACUGGCCCCCAAGCCCCAGAUGGGCCCCCAGAGGUCUCCCCAGCGCGGUGGUCCAUACUCCCACUGUAACGGGGAUGCUGGUGGGGGCCAUGCAGGCCUGCUAGAGAUAGACACCAUGGAACCAGACACCAUGGAGUUUAAAUCAGUCACCUCGGGAGCGGUGGGGCCUCCGCUCACCUCCCCCCUCAUCACGGCAGUACGGAAGAGCCAGCAACCUCCAGCUGGUCCACAGGGUGUGGAGAAUGGGCCUAAGAUAGAGAACAGUUCUAAGCAAGAGAACGGUUCUAAGAACGGGACUCACCAUGUGCUUCCUAAGGACCAUGUUCCGGUCACUUCUGACAAGCAGACAGCCGAGGUUGAAACUAAAACAAACAGGGUUUCCCUGCUGAAGGGAGCAGUCAGAACGGGGGUUGGGGUGGACCCCCCGAAAAAGCUGCCAAGCUUGUCCCCCAUUCCACGUUCUGCUUCAGGAGAUGAGAUCAGGUUGAGCCUGGCCACCCCUCCACCACUCUCUCCCAAACCCUCCCCUCCUUCUCUCCAUCCCCUAUCAGUCCUCCCCAUUCUGGUCUCACCAAAUGAGAAAGAGGGCAUGUGUCCGCCGAAUGGCCUCCAGCCCUGGGUUAGUCGCAACGGGAGCAUUCAGACCGGGAGGAGGGUUUCUCUGAGUCACGAGAACCUGUCGCCCAAAAGCACAGACGCCCCCCUCAGCCUGACCACCUCCCUAACCACCUCCUCCUCUAAAGGGACAGCGGGAGGCCCAGAGAGCACAGGAAGGUCAGGGUCAGGUUCAGACCUGAGGGUCAGCUCGUCCAGCCUGGGGGGCCGUCUGCCUACCUCAGCCCUGAGAGGGAGGAUUCAGGCCCUGCCCUGGUACAUGACCCGCUCCCAGGAGAUCCUGGGCACCCUGGACUACCCCUCCACCAACUCCAUCAACGGGGAUGUCACGUCUGGCUACGGCUCCGGUCUGUCGGUCAGCGGAGCCUCUGAGGUCAGCAAGGUCACUGCCCAGGCAACAGUUGGUGAGACUGCGGGGGGCAAAGGGAAGAAGGAAGUGCUGGAGGAUGGAGCCGAGGUUGUCAUAGCGACCAUCAAAGAGUUCCAGGAAGUGACGAACGGGUCGCACCCCAACCUGACCCUGAGAGAAAACAGCACACACGUCUCAGAACCCUACAUGUUCCUGGGGUCCUGCAAGUCGGAGCAGCCCCAGUCCAGGCCCCACUCAGAGGUGGGGUUAGGGGGCGGUUCAGGCCCGCCCCUAGAGGGGGACUCUCUGGAGCACACUCCUCCCCCGGACCACCGUAAGGAGUGCGGUUGCCGCACCGUCUAUGCCAACUGCUUCAGCGGUGACGUGGAGGACGGCUGCGGCUUCGACGAGGAGCUCACCAUCUACGAGUUCUCCAAACGCACGCGCCCCAAACCAGCCCCCUUUACACCCCUGCCCUCCCCCACCUCCCCCGUCCCCUCCCCCAACAUCCUGUCCCUGCUGAGGGACACACCUCGCCCCCUCUCCACCCUCUCCAACACCUCCUCAGAGCUCAGCCCCCUCCUGUCCCGACCCAUCUCCCCCACGCCCCCCAUCGGCUCCCUGCGUUCCCUCACCAACAAGCAAUACGGGGGGCUGAAGGGUGGCUUCGUCUCCCUGAGGCAGGACAUUGAUCAGCUCCUACUGGUCCUGGAGAGAGGCACGGCUGGGCCACCACCAUCAUCAGAACCUUCCAAAACAGACCAGGAUGAGGGUGGAGAAGGGGGACUCAACCCAACCAAAGGGGAGGGUCCAACCCCGUGCUGUGGAGGUGCAAGUCCUCCGCCCAUGACGGAGCCUGAGAGGAGUUUACUACAGGCUGAGGCCCGGCGGUUGGCAACAGGGUGCCAACGUGCCACGCGUGUGGGCUGGGCUCCAGAGGAGGCACUUCGUUCCUUAUCCAACAGUUUCAGUGCCCUGGUGCAGCUCUCCGCAGCCUGCCUGAGAACACACCCCUGUCCUGGAUGUGACGUCUGCCGCAACGGGGGUCAGACCCAGAGCAGUGAUGAUGAUGAGGGCCAGGAGGAGGCUCUGGACAAGCUGAAGGAGAUCGUAGGGCUUUACAGGGGGUUUGUUGGGGCUGUGGAGACGGCUGGAGCCGGGGCCGGAUCUGGGUCUGGGGUUGGACAGGGAGAGGGCGAGGGGGUGAGGCUACUGGCCAAACGGUGCACGGUGCUCAUCUCUUCCGUCUUUGCGCUUACGCAGCUGUUCAGGACGCACUCGCCGGACACGCCGGGUCACACACCUCUCAACUUUUGA